CGUUCUGAAUACGUGUACCGAGGUUUUGAUGGAAACACUGCACUCCGACACGUCGCUUACCUGAGUUCCACUGGGAAGGUGCUGACCGUCACGUGGUGGAGCGAACGGAAUGUGCGGAAUGCUCGGCCGCCGCUGAUGAUGUCGCGAAAUCGAUUUGUAGUUGAUAUGCAUCUCGGUCUCGUAUGACAUACUAUACAGCUUUCAUACAAUUGCUGCGUUAAUCAGAUCAACGUGCGCAUUUCAAACUCGAUAAUUACCAUGGACGAACUACAGACGCUGCUUUUCAUCGAUAACAAAUUUGCGGAGUCAUCUGAGAAGCAAUUACAUACUCUAAAGAACCCGUUCGAUGACUCGAUCGUCACUGAUCAGGUCCAUCUUGCAGGCCCGGGGGAUGUUGACCGCGCAGUGGCCGGAGCAAAUGCUGCAUUGAAAUCCGGACCAUGGAGGGAUUUCACCGGAGUCCAGAGGGCUCGCUGUCUGAACAAGUUCUCAGACUUCGUUGAGAGGGACGCUGCGCGCCUUGCACGCAUAGAAUCAAUUGCGACAGGGCGGCCAAUUGGCGGAAUACAGUUCUUCGAUAUCCCGCAUAUGAUCGAGACAAUCAGAUAUUAUGCAGGGUGGGCUGAUAAGAUCGCUGGCGAGUCGUUCAUCGAUGACGAUGGCUUGUACAAAAUCGUGCAAUACGAGCCCAUUGGCGUAUGCGCCGGUAUCGCGUCCUGGAAUGCUACUUUUAUGUACGUGGCGUGGAAGAUCGCGCCAGCUCUCGCAGCUGGUAAUACUUUCAUUUUCAAAAGCUCAGAGAAGUCACCUUUCGGUGCUUUGGCUCUGGGCCCUUUGUUUGUCGAAGCAGGCUUCCCUCCGGGUGUCGUCCAGAUACUGAGUGGCGCUGGGGCUGCAGGAGCCGCGCUGGCGUCGCAUCCUAAGAUUUCAAAGAUCAGUUUCACGGGAUCGGCGGCGGUUGGGAGGAAAGUGCAGGAGGCAGCAACGCGGAGCAAUCUCAAGCGCGUUACACUUGAGCUGGGAGGGAAGUCCCCGGCUAUCGUCUUUCCCGAUGCACCGAUGGAUAUCGCGGUUGGGAGUGUCGGUGGCGGUUUCCUCGCCAAUUCUGGUCAAAUUUGCGUCGCUGCUUCGAGGGUCUUAGUCCAUGCAUCAAUUGCAUCAGACUUUGUAGCGCAGCUCAAGUCUAUCUUUGAAGCGGCCAGCGCGAAAUUGGGUGGUAAUCCGCUAGAACUAGAGACUGAUCACGGACCUGUUGCAGAUCGUGAGCAAUACAACCGCAUCAUGGCCUACAUCGAACAGGGAAAGAAAGACGCCGAGCUAAUCACUGGCGGCGGUCGCUCAGGACAAAAAGGGUGCUUUAUACAACCAACCCUCUUCUUGAACCCCGCGAAGAACAGCUCAAUCUGGCGGGAAGAAAUCUUUGGUCCAGUGCUCUGCGUCAUGACUUUCGAGACAGAAGAUGAGGCUGUUCAAUUAGCAAACGACACAGAUUACGGUCUGGCAUCAUGCAUCUACACCACGGAUGUCACUCGAGCUCUGCGUUUAGCUGGCAAGCUUGAGAGUGGCAGUGUUUCGGUGAACACACCACAUCUACCGAGCAGAAAUACUCCGCUUGGUGGUAAGAAACAGUCCGGCUAUGGAAAGGAGCUGGGCAAGCAUGGGCUCAUGUCGUACUUGGAGGCGAAGACCAUUCACAUCAACAUGAAAGUGCCAUCACGUUUGUAAUGGCAAUAGGUGGGAUAGUAAUCCAUCCGCCGACGACUAGAUAGAUGCCUACCAUGAUUCAAGCAGAAGGUGGAGACAAAGCGAAUCGUUAUCUGUGCUAUGUACGCUUUUGUUUCUGCUAUUUCCUGUUUGGUUACACUCGGAGGUUACUGAUAACAUUUAAUCGAGAUAUCGCGGACGAAUUAUUACACUGCCUGUAGAUGUAAAGCUGCUCUUCGGGGGCUCUAAGAAAAU